AUGUUUUCUUUAAACAGUCUUAUUAAAUAUAUUAGUGUAUUGUUGCUUACCCGCGCAGCAUUAGCUCAACCGCUGGAGGAAAGAGAUGUAGAUGUUAAUGUUGGAACGACACAUGUGCAUUUAGGUCUAGGAACUUCUAUUCAGUCAGGUACGGCUGUAGCUUUAGGUUGUACGAAAUUUGCCCUCCCAGGACCUGUUUGUUGGGUCGCUGGAGCUCUAGCUGCUCUAUUGGCAGCAGAUAUUGAAAUUACAUUGGGUGGUGAAAGUUCCGGUGCAACAAAAGAAAACGCCAAACGUGAUUAUAUUCCUGUAAAGUAUUUAUAUAACGACAGCUAUGUGUCUUAUAGUAUUGUCACAGUUCCUUCUCAUGCUAUCGAAUCAUUUAACGAAAAUAACAUAACUUUUGGUCAAGCUUUGUUGGCCACUUAUUAUGAAUCUAGUGCCUUAACAAAACGUACUAUUCAAGAGGGUCAUAUUAUUCAAUUUAAUAGCUCCUAUGGUCAACAUAUUGCUGCUGAUAUCGGAUAUAGACCAAUUGAGGAUUUCAUGGGAAAUAUCACUAGUAGUUCACCUGUAAAUGACAACCAUUCCAAGAGGGGUUGGGAUUUCGAUGUCGAUUGGUUAUCUUACAAUUUUGAUAAUGUUAAUAAAGGAUUAGCAGCUUCUUGGUAUGAUGCCUAUGAAUAUGAUAAUGACGAUCCCAAAAAUGUGAUUCAAACCGAGCUUGCAAAUUAUGUUACUCAACAUGGCGCUUACAAAUACUGCGUUAGUGCUAUUUACUCUCCAGACAAUGUUGGUUCCCUUGGAACUGGGGAUUCGAACGAAAUUCAAAACGCAUAUCAUGGCGAACUAUAUUUCAAUACUUAUGGAGGGGUUGAUGGUCAAUGCAAUGACAAUUAUGAUUGUGUUUACGGGUGCUCAGGAAUGUAA